AUGCCCACUGAUAGAGAGCAGGUGCUGUCAAGUGUCAAAGCAAGAGCACGACUAGAGGGUGAGCUAGAGGUCACUUCUCAAGAAUCUGGAACCAAACCAUUGACCUUCACAUUUGUACCGACCAUUGGAAAACUUCCAACUCAUUUUGAGGUUGUGGACAUCUCUAAGUUCCUUGUGACAAUUCCAGAGGAUCCACAGGAUCUGAGCAACCAAAAAAUAGUAAAUAAGUCUGACACAGUCUCUGAUGAGCUGGUUGUAAAGAGUGGGGCCAGACAAGACUGCGUGUCCACUGUCUGUACAGACAGCACCCGAACAGCUUUCCAGUCCCUGGGGUGUAAUUCAAGCAAAGGAGAAAUGCAGGAGAAUGACCUUUUCAAGGCUGAGUUUAUCCUGAUUACGGACUCCGGUGAUGAAGAUGAAGUCUCUGCAACCUCAAACAACGUUCAUCAGCCUUWCAAUGGCUACAGUCCCAUCAGUGCUCAGCUGCUGACCACAUCCCAUGUUUCCCCUGGCACUGGRACAGGGAAACCUCCUGGCGAUGGGCACCUUGCAGGGGCUGCUCUUCCCCACAKCACUACUGAUCCACAGAAACCUCAGUUAAUUUCUGCUCUUUCCACCUCUGAUCAUCUUUCCUCUAAACCACCUGCUGUCCACUUAAUUUCUCCAAUUAAUCAGAAAGUAGUGUGUGGUGCCAUGGUUAACAUGAAUCAAGCCUCUUCACUGGAAGAUUCCUGUAACAACUGGCAGUCAGCAACCGGGUUUUCUAAGCAAGACUCAUCUCUUUACUUUCAGACUGCUUCUCAUAGUUCACCUCUUUCAAUGUCUAAGAUAUCCUCCUCUGCAUCAAAGAGUUGGUACUCCUCUCCUCGACUGUCUGAUAACCUACAAACACCAAGUCUCCAUACUCCUGGCUGUGUUUGCAAAAUGGGAGAUUUCACCACAUCCUCUGCUCCAGCAAGGAGUCCAAGUCUUUCCCCUAAUCCUCCAUGUUCAACUGAAAUUCAAGGAUCUUUAGCUCCGUCUGUUUUGCCCAGUUCUUCCAAAAGAUUGAAMGCUUUGUUUCCUCUCCCUGUAAAUAUAAAAACACAUUCGUUAUGUCCYAGCCCUAAACCUUUGUCUCCACCCUCUCUUUACGGGUCCUCUUCGACCGUAUGUAGUAUAAAUGAGCCUUGUACACCAACGUUAUUUAGAGGAAAUUCAGCCAAGUCAGGAGUCAAAUCCCCUCUGCCAACCAGACUGACUCUCUUGACUGCUAUUUUGAGAUCAGGCUCCUCUCAGCGGAGACCACUUUCUCCGGCUUCUUGUCCYACAUUUUCCCCUAGCUCCCUUAGUUCCUCAACACUCACAAUAGAUCAAAAGUUCAAAACGACUCCCCCGACCCCCAAGAAAUCUGUUUCAAGCCCUCCAAUAAGGCCAGAUUCUCCCAGCAAAGAGGAUUAUUGGGUUUCAGGAUGGGCUCAGCAUCUGCCUUUACCUUACAAGGCUCAUCCCACCCCUCGAGCGAGGUCCCUUUCUCCCAAAAAGCACCUUCAAGGUCGAACACUUUCUCCAGAAUCCCGAAAUUCUUUGUCAUCCCCUGUCUCCUCCCAUAGAAGACCAGUUGCCUUUCCAGAUUUGCAGUCUACAUUGCCACCUCCUUGUGCCCCAUCUCCCUCUUCCUUAGCRUCCCCCAGCUCCCCUUCUCCAGAGGGGCUGGGGUAUGCUGCCUCCAGGUCCCGAGCACCUCAAAAGUCUCAGCGAGUACACACCUACUCCCCCAUYUUCACUUGCCGGUCAUAUCCUUUGCUUUCUUCUACCAAUCAUAGAGGUGCAUUGUCCCCCACCCUAGAAAAACACUCGUCUCCUUCCCCAAGUCUUUUGCACUCAGCUUUUAGAUCUAAAUUGGAUUCAUCCCAAACAUCUGUUCAGGAGAUGAGUGCCUCCUCUCCUACCCCUUCCAGUGUCUCAAAGCAGUGGUCUCUCCCACGGCCUCACUCCACCCCACUGGUUCCACGAACUGGUGACAUUAAUUCCCACCCACUGCAAUUUAAUUCUUCAUUGGUGCAAGCAAAUUACAGGUCUAAUUCCUCCUCUCCAAGACCUGAGCAAUUUGCCACCUCAUCGGUGUUAAAGUGCAGAUCUCCCAUCUCAGACAAGUCACCAGGCACACUGCCAUCAAGACCCAGAGAGCUGACUUCACCACAGUCUUUUUCCCUGCCUCCUGRCCAUGAAAACAUCAAACCCAAGCAGUACAAGAUCAAGACAAGCUACAAGGCAUUUGCAGCAAUCCCUACAAACACAUUGCUUAUGGAACAGAAGGCAUUAGAAGAGCCAGCCAAGCCUCCUAGCGUGACUGAAGGCACUGCUUUGGACACUCAUUCAGAGAUGUGCUCYCCUGCCCAACUCAGACAACAAACAGAAGAGCUGUGUGCUGUCAUUGACCAAGUCCUGCAGGACCCACUGACUAUGCGCCGAUGUGAGUCUUCUCCAAGUUUUCUGCAGAUGAGCACGGAGACAGAUAUUGGCAAGACGUCAACAACACUUCAGAGAGCAGCWGGGCGUGAAACCAGAUAUGCCAACCUUUACAAAUCGGUGCCUAUUGUUGCUGAGAGUCAGCUGACAAAACCCGGUGUCAUUCGUCCUGUGCUGGUGAAAGGAAAGAGUGCACAGCAAAAAGAGGAGCCCUAUCAACCUAAUCCUUUUAAAAAGUACCUUGAAGAAAUCAGUGAUCAAAACACUGAGCAGCCCAGUCAUCCCAUGGUGCCUAUUCCAGAAAAUGAGACACUCAUCUCUAAGGAGGUUUCCAAUGAAAGAGGUUCUGUUUAGACAUGAUGCCCCAAAUCAGGAUCAAGAGCUAAAACUGUGUUUUGAAGCCUGUUUAUCAAGAGCUAAAACUGUGUUUUGAAGCCUGUUUCUAUAUUGAGAAAGAAUCUACAGCACCAAGCUUAUCUAAAGCACCAUUAAAAAAAAAAAAAUGCUUCCUGUAUGCUACUAGCAAGGCAGUAAUAACAAUCAAAUAUUCUUUCAAGAUGUACUAGCAUAAUUAACCCCAGAGAUACACAUGAAUACAUGAAUAUGCCAUUUCUUGAAGUGCUUGCUGGUUUAAGAGAUGCCCAAUAAA